GAAGUAAAAAUGUAAAAGAAAAUACCAAAAGGUCGCAGCAAUCUGUGGUCUCUUCUUAUAAUAUAUCAAAGCGGCCGGCUUAGGUAUAGAAAGUAUCAAUUCCCAGUUGCGACUUUGGUCUUCGUGUUUUCAGCUAUAUCUAUAUCUCUAUAUAUAUAUAUAUAUAUAUAUAUAAUAUCGACAAAAAACGGGGUCUCACUCUUAUCCGAAGUAGGAGAUUGUGAUUUGUGAUAGAAUAAAAAGGAGAUAGUCAAGAUCAAGAAGACACCUACCGGACUCAAUUCGAGAGAGAGAGGGUUUAAGAAGAGGAUUUUUCAGAGAUGAUUUUGGUGGCGAUUGUGGCGGAGCUACUGGAGGAGUACACGAUGCUUCUUGCUAGGGUUUUGGAACAUCUCUUCCACGAAGCUCCUUUUCCAAGGCGGAUGCGCUUCCUCAUUCUCAGUAAUCUUCCAUUUGCUUCUGCUACCACUACCACUACCACUACCACUCCAAGGAUGAUUCGAGCCGCACCUUAAACCCCGUCCUUGUAUCACUCUGGUUGGAUGGGGGAGGUUUCCCUUUUCUUCUUUUUUUUUUUUUCCAAUCUUUUCUUUCUUGUUUCUCUUUCCCCCUUUUUCUUUUGAUUUUUGAUCUAGAUUGUUACUUUGUAAAUGGAGAGUAGUAUGUAAAUAUUGUUUGACCUGGAGAUCACCUUCAUUCAAUAUAUUUUGGCUUUUACGGAUCAA